GCUGAUCAUACAAUAAAGAAAGCAUAUUUUUUCCUUGUUUCCUUUUUUUGUUUUUCUUUAUUGUUCCUAGCGCUGAAACAAAGGUCAUUUGGCACGGUAUGCACCAAGACGGAGACUGUGGAAUGACACCACUUAGUUGUGGAAACGGAAAGCUAAGGCAGUGGUUGAUUGACCAAAUUGACAGUGGAAAAUACCCUGGAUUGGUGUGGGAAAAUGAGGAAAGAAGUAUUUUUCGUAUUCCUUGGAAACAUGCAGGAAAACAGGAUUAUAACCGAGAAGAGGACGCUGCUCUCUUUAAGGCCUGGGCCCUUUUUAAAGGUAAAUACAGAGAGGGCAUUGAUAAACCAGAUCCUCCAACAUGGAAGACAAGACUGCGCUGUGCCUUAAACAAGAGCAAUGACUUUGAAGAGCUGGUGGAAAGGAGUCAGCUGGAUAUUUCCGACCCAUAUAAGGUGUACAAGAUUAUCCCAGAAGGUUCAAAGAAAGGAUUAAAGCAACAUGGCUCAGAGGAUUCACAGGUCAUUGUGAGCCACCCAUUUCCGGUUCCACCUUCAUACUCUUCUCUGCCCACUCACCCUCAGGUGUCAAACUUCAUCCUACCUCAUGAGCGUAACUGGAGAGACUUUGCACCAGAACAACCACAUCCUGAGCUUCCUUACCAGUGCACUGCUGUCCCCUUUGCAGCACGUAGUCACUUAUGGCAAAAUGCUUCUUGUGAAAAUAAUUACCAAGUAACUGGAUCCUUUUAUGCAUGUACGCCAACGGAAGCACAGACCAUAGAUCCAGGCAUAAGGUCUGGUGAGGCCAUUGCAUUCUCAGAUUGCCGACUGCACAUCAGCUUAUACUAUAGGGAUACCCUUGUUGAAGAAAGAACCACAGUAAGUCAAGAAGGCUGCAGGAUCUCACAUGGACAUUGCUAUGACAUCAGUCGCUUGGAGCAAGUUGUUUUCCCAUAUCCAGAAGACAGCAGCCUGAGGAAGAAUAUAGAAAAAGUACUAAGCCAUCUGGAUAGGGGUGUAAUCCUUUGGCUGGCCCCUGAUGGAAUGUACGCAAGGAGGAUGUGCCAGAGCAGGAUCUACUGGGAGGGACCUUUGUCCAUGUAUAGUGACCGACCAAAUAAAUUAGAACGAGACAUUGCCUGCAAACUAUUUGAUACUCAGCAGUUCUUAUCAGAACUGCAGGCAUAUGCUCUUCAUGGACGUCCUGUGCCAAGAUUUCAGAUUGUUUUAUGUUUCGGGGAAGAAUUCCCAGAUGCACAAAGAGGAAGGAAAUUAAUUACAGCUCAUGUUGAGCCAGUGUUUGCUAGACAACUGGUUGGCUUUGCAGAACAAAAUGGAGGACAUUUUAUGAGAGGAUAUGAUUUCACAGACCAUAUUAGCAGCUCAGAUGAAUAUCACAGGACAGUACGUCAAGCUCCACUGCAGGAAUGAAAUAGAUUGUUUCAGUGGUUAAAAUGUAUUAUACUUCAAAUAUCAUUACACCAAGGGUAAAAACUGUUAAGGGAUCUUUGCACACAGCGCUGGACCUCUCCAUCUUGGACCCCUCCAGGAAGCCAUUGUUAACAGAGGAAACACAUGGAACUUUCCAAACUCUCUGUUGUUUUCAUGAUACCAUCAAUGCAUUGUAGGAAAAUGGGGAGAAAAAUUGAUGUUUUGUGAGAAGUUUGAAAACCUGACAAUCACUAAAUCUGGCACACAAUUUCCUUCAUCCUGAACUAAAAAUACUUUGAUGAGCUGGAAUGUCCAGUUGCAUUAUGGAUUUUAGGGAAUGUUUAAAAAUACCAUGAGCUAGACUUACUUGGUUCUUUAGAAAUUCCCACCUAAACCAGAGGAACUUGAUUGGCACGUGUCUUGUGUUGCAGUUUGGGAAAACUCCUUACAUUACACUGGUUCAUACCCCACACGCACACAUUAAACAAUGUGGGUGACUAUAAAUGGGCUUGAGCAUUUAAUCACUGACAGUAACUAUAGGUUGUGCACAUGUGGUAUGCAAAGUUUUUUUUAGAGAAAAUUCUAGUUAUGGUUCAAAAACUCUGUUAUUUAUGAAGUGCAAAAAACCCGAAAACUGGAAUGUAAAAAUGCAGCAGCUAAAAGUUUGUGAGUUCAUGCAGAAGUCAAUGGGAGUUCCCAGGCAAAGUCAA